AUGGCAGAUGUUCUGAGUGAAGAACAGAUUGUUGAGUUUAAAGAAGCCUUCUGUCUAUUUGACAAGGAUGGAGAUGGUUGCAUUACCGUUGAUGAAUUGGCGACGGUGAUUCGUUCUCUGGAUCAGAAUCCGACGGAGGAGGAGCUUCAGGACAUGAUAAGUGAAGUAGACGUUGAUGGAAAUGGGACCAUAGAAUUUGCAGAGUUCUUGAGCUUAAUGGCAAACAAAAUUAAGGAAACUGAUGCAGAGGAGGAGCUCAAAGAGGCCUUCAAAGUGUUUGACAAGGAUCAGAAUGGAUAUAUAUCAGCUACUGAGUUGAGGCAUGUAAUGAUCAAUCUAGGCGAAAAAUUGACCGACGAAGAGGUCGAGCAGAUGAUCAAGGAGGCUGAUUUGGAUGGUGAUGGCCAAGUUAACUAUGAUGAAUUUGUUAAGAUGAUGAUGACCAUUGGAUGA